CUGCGAGUCUCUGAUCCCCUCCCACUCUCAGUCUCUCCUUCCCGUCUCCCUUUCUAUCCACAUUCGCGCACCACCGCCGCUGGCCCAGCACCACGUGCGCGCCCCCUCCCCCCUCCCCGCCGCUCCCCAGCAUGCCGACCACGACAUCACGGUCCUACAUGCCCAUGCCCUCGUUCGGCGCCGUCUUCGGAGGAGAGCCACACACCUCAGACCGCGAGUCCAGCACCGCACAUGGCAAUAAUGUAGCACAACGCACUGCAUCCGGGAAUACAACACACGGCGCUCCCUUCUCGUCCUUCCACAACCACCACGACUCGCGCGACUCCAACUCGACCGCCUCCUCGGACAACUCGCCCACCACCACCAUCUCCACCAUGGACUCGUCGUCCGUGACCGACCCGUCGCCGGGGCCCUCGCCCGAGUCGCCCCUGCCCAAGAUCGCCAAUCACUCCUUCGCCGCCGACUUCAGGGCACGGAGACCCGAGACGUCUGACGGCCUGUCGACCGGGAAUAACUUCUUCGAGCUGGCCCGCCCGUCGACGCCGGCCAAGAAGGCACGGAAUCUGAAGAACCUUGGCAUCAACACCACCACCUCACUCACCAACCUCCGCGCCCCGGCCCCCGCUGCCCCUGCUGCCCAGGCCAACACCGAAAAGAACAGCUCUGCACCCCCGUCGCCCCUCUUCAUCAAGCCGCCAACUCCACCGCGGCGACGCCCGUCGAAUCUGAGUUUGACAAUAGCAACCCCAGGUAUCAACGACAACAAGCCUACGAGACUCGUAAUCCCCUCCACGCCGUCCCUCGGCAGGCCCACGCUACGCCACUUCCAGUCAUCACCGUCGCUGCCAUUAUGUUCCCCGAGCGUCGCCCCGACCGGUGGAAUGAAGUUCCCUGCCCUGCGUCCGAUCGUAACGAAGACCAGCGGGCUGUCGGAAGUGCCGUUUGAAAUGGAAGAAGAGGAGGAGGAGCCCAACUUUGACAUCCCUCAGUCAAAAGAAGAGAAGCCGGCCGCAUAUCCCAACGGACCCAUCUGUAUAUACCCUGCUGGAGUCUUUCUCUACUUCGAACCGACCGCCGAGCAAGCCACUUCCUUUGAUGUUAUUAUCAAUGUCGCUAGCGAAGUCCAGAACCCUUUCACAUCACAGAAUUCGGAGUCACAAAAGGAUCUGAACGCAAGGAGAGUGGACGGCCCGGCCGCAGAAGAUGUCGAUUUCGCUGCGCUAUCACAACAGCCCAAGUCUACGUUUGGCUUUGGCAAUGACUCGCCCACCACACCCAAGGCUACGCCGCCGGUUCUGCAAACGAUGCAGCCCGGCGAAAUCAUCGUCAAUGGUCAGAAACUCCGCACGCCAGAAUACAUCCACAUGCCCUGGGAACACAACACUGAUAUCGUCCCGGAUCUGUACAAGCUGGUCAAGAUUAUGGACGACCGGGUCAAACAGGGCAAGCGCGUUCUUGUUCAUUGUCAGUGCGGUGUCAGUCGUUCUGCUAGUUUGGUGGUGGCCUACGGACUGUACAAAGAGCCCGAGGUCAGCGUGCAAGAAGCAUACGAUAAGGCGAAAAAGCGGAGCAAGUGGAUUGGGCCUAACAUGAACCUCAUCAUGCAGCUUCAGGAGUUCCGCAACGGGCUGCUUAGGCAAACGCAAAACAGUCGCACGCAGGGCCAGGGCUUCGGGAGAAGAAUUGGCUUUCCUUCCUCGUCUACUGCAAACAACAGGUUUUCCUGCCCGAACCCAGAGCGAGAAGAUACAUCUGGAUCACGCACGCCUCAGACCGCGCCCUUGCCUCCGGAUACUGAUAUCAGCAUGCAGCGAGCCAGUACCGGCAACAUGAUGGCCAUCUCUCCAGGGCCGUUGUCUGCUCCCAGCGGUGCGUUCGCUGCGCGAUUCCGCAACUCUUGGGACUCGAGUCAAUCGAGCUUUGAUCUUUCCGAAACUACUCCGACUACCACGCCUUACGUUGAUCCUAAGGGUCACGUUGUACCGGUCGUGGAAGUCAAGGUCAACGACGUCACGGAGAUCCCCGCCAUGCCUGAAGUCGUGCCGCCACCACCGGAGCCGGCCUUGAAAACACCCUCGGUGCCGAAUUUCUCGCGCCAACUUUCAUUGCGGUCAUACUCGGACGCGCCCGUCGAGAGGACGAUUGAGACUAGGAAUACCCAUCUGGCGCCAAUGCAGCCGAUGGGAAUGGCACCUCUCAAAUCGCCAGCUGCGUUAACGUUCAAUGUUCCUUCGUUGAGCCUGCGACAAGGCCAGGACGACGACGACGACGACGAUUACCAGAUCCGGUCUCCUGUCAAGACGUCGUUCGAUCUGCCAUGGCCUUCAGAGUACGAUGAGCCAGAGUCCUCGCUGGCGCCGCCAGGGCCUCAGAGUUCGUUCCAGCUUGGUGCCCCGCCCAAAUCGCCAAUGUUCCAACUCGGUGCUCCGCCUAAGUCGCCAAUGUUCCAGCUGGGUGGUCCGCCCAAAUCGCCAAUGUUCCCUCCUCCGCGCAUGACAUUCCCCAAGGCAAAGAGCGAUCGCAGCGAGAAGCCUCGCAAUCUGCUACCGUUUCGUGCCGCUGAACAAUCAAGCCAGCCGGUGCAGUCUGAGACCUUUCUCCACAGCAACUUCACGCCCGAAGAGGAUCGAUCUCCCGGUUUUGUCUCCCCAACGUUUGGAUCAUUCCCCACGGAUGCUUUUGGUCCCAGCAGUGUACUCGAGUCGGAACUGAAGUCACCUCGCGCUGCAGAAUUUCACAUGGCGCCGCUCAGGCCCAUGAUGGCUGACCAUGACCCGUUCGGACUCACAUCACCUACAAGGAGGGACUUCUCAUCUGGCAAUCCGUUUGAUAACCUGUCUGGCUCGUCGAACACCGGAGAUGACAGACGCCCAGCGUUCCAGGCCAUCCUUCCUCCUGCGCAUCAGACGUUCAACGGCUUCGCAUCGCUUGAUGGGCACGCACGUACACCGUCAACAUCGACGUUGGAACAGCCAUCAGCGCUAAAAGCGCCCCCUAAGCGGAAGCUCAACCUCGAGCCUCGCAUCGACAGCCUGAACACGGCCCCGGCGACUAAUGUCGUUGCUUCAACUCCGACAGAAGCGACCGAGCAGGUAUCGCCGCCGUCGAGGCCGGAGACACCACGAACAAAGGAGUUUCUAGCGACUCCUGCAAAGGCGAUCCGCACGCGGUUCUCGUCGCCCAACAUGAAGGACCAGAGACAAUUGUCAAAGCUUCAGUCCGAGAUGGAAUCCAAGUUGGCGAACAGACAAGAGCGGCCCCAGCAGGCCAUGGACGAUCUAGAUGCUUUAAUGUCGCCGCGUGCUGAAGAAUUCACAAGGAAUCCUUUCCACGUCGACCUCAAUUCGCCGACCUCGCCGACCGAAGGCACCAGCCCAGCCUCAUCAGAGGAGACCAUCACGGACGCGCACAACGGCCAUACUUGGAGCGAACCGCCGAGAAAUUGGACGCCCGAGAAACUUACAGUCGAUCCUCGAAGCCCAGCACAACUCGGAAGCAGCCCUAUUGUGCGCAAUAUCUGGGAUGUGUUAUGAUCGACGUGCAGCGUCUCCUCGAGUUCGAUGCUCCACAAAUCAGACUCGCCCGCAGACACGGUCUUCAUCAGCGCUGACCAAGCUGAGACCACGCGGCUCGUGCUCAGCACCCGAGACCCGGAUCAAUCUCCGCUCCACUCGCCAACAAGACG